AUGGCGGCCAAUUUUAUAGGCGGGAUUAUAUCAAAGGUUUUAAACUCUCCGGAAGCGGGAGAACGGGAGUUUUGGACCUCCUGGGCUCUAUUCAUCCUUAUAAUGCUCUUGAUUACGGCACUGUUCACCAGCUACUUGCUUAAACAGAAGCGCAUUCAGGCGGUACAUGAAACAGUUUUGUCUAUAUUUGGCGGAAUGGUUGUUGGGCUGGUUAUUAGAUUUACACCAGGAACACUGAUUCAGAAAUCAGUCAGCUUUGACUAUCAGUUCUUUUUCAACCUUCUCCUUCCUCCUAUUAUAUUAGCAUCGGGUUACGAGUUGCACCAGGGCAAUUUCUUCCGAAAUAUUGGGAGUAUUCUUACCUUUGCUUUUGCUGGAACAUUCAUCUCUGCAUUAGUCCUAGGACUCAUCUUAUUUCUUUGGACACGCAUUCCCAUUGAGGGACUAGAUAUCUCCUUCGUCGAGGCAUUUUCUGUCGGAGCCACACUUUCGGCCACCGAUCCUGUCACCAUUCUUGCAAUAUUCAACGUUUAUAAGGUCGAGCCUAAACUAUACACUGUCAUCUUCGGAGAGUCUAUUCUAAACGAUGCUAUUGCUAUUGUUUUGUUCGAGACAGCCCAGAGAUACAAACCUGGCAGCGCAGCCGGCUCCCUGACUGUCCUCAGCCUGUUUGAGGCUAUCGGUAUAUUCUUGAUAGUUUUCUUUGGCAGUCUGCUUAUUGGUGUGGUUGUUGGCAUAGGCACAGCAUUGGGUCUCAAAUAUACCCAUGUUCGCCGUGACCCUAAGAUUGAAAGCUGCCUUAUUCUCUUAAUUGCUUAUGCCUGCUAUUUCUUCUCUACUGGAAUUCACAUGUCCGGUAUUGUAUCAUUAUUGUUUUGUGGGAUGACGUUGAAGCACUAUGCUUAUUACAACAUGUCUCGUCGAACUCAGCUCACGACAAAGUACAUUUUCCAAACCAUGGCACAGCUUUCAGAGAAUUUCAUAUUCAUCUAUCUGGGCUUGGAUCUGUUUACCGACGAGAAUCUACAAUUCAAACCCCUCUUUAUCAUGGUGUCUGUUGCGGGAAUAUGCGUAGCAAGAUACUUAUCAGUGUUUCCGUUGUCAAAGGCUAUCAACUGGGUUAUUCGAUAUCGAGCAGCAAACCGAGGUAGGGAUGUGGCAGACGAGCUGCCUUAUCCUUAUCAAGCCAUGCUUUUCUGGGCAGGCUUACGAGGAGCUGUUGGUGUUGCAUUAGCUGCGGGACUUGAAGGAACAAAUGCUCCCGCUCUACGUGCAACCGUUCUGGUCGUUGUCGUCCUGACGGUUAUCAUAUUUGGAGGUACAACUGCCCGAAUGCUAGAAAUUCUGGACAUCCGCACCGGAGUCGUUGAGGAAAUAGAUUCCGAUGAUGAAUUUGACAUCGAAGUAACGAAUGGCGGCACAUAUUACAAACGAUCGGGGACUGGUAUGGGCCACACACCGCGUAGAAGCGACUUCCAACUGGACUCGGUUGCAAGGGAGACCGAUAUCAAUAGAACCGGGCACGGCUACUCAAGCGGUAGUAAUGGGCGGCUAACCCCUCAGGCAAACGAAAGUCAUCCUGGCAGUCUUUCAAGAAAGAAAUCCUCAUAUUCCAGAAAGGACCGUACACGGUCCCGAGACGGAGCUUCGACGCGGGAAUUGCUUGGAGGCCGAGCCGGAAGCGGAAGCGGUAGCAGCGUCGAUUUGGACAGUGGUCAUGAUAGGAGUCUCUCCGGACGAAACGCAAGAGGCACAGGUGACAUGGGCAUGAACAUCGAAGACUUUGACCUUGAAGUUGACGCCGCAUUCUCUGACGAUGAUUUACCUCCUGCCGCCGCCUCGCAGGCCCAACGUACUCGCACACACUCACAAUCUAGAUCGACUUCCGCUCACGCUACCCACUCCGGCGAUGGACCAUACACCAAUAACUCGCAAGGAGAACCGUCAUCUUCAUCCAAACCUAUCACGGCUGCCACAGAUGCAUUCCGUGAUUUAUUGACUGGUAAUCGUGACCAUGCUACAUGGUUCAAACAGCUUGACGAUGAAUACAUAAAACCAAAAUUAUUACUUGAUCAGGGAUCCGGGUCUGGGUCCCCAUCUGGAUCUGGACGCAAGGGACCUGAUGCUGUAUGA